UAGCUGCAGAAUGAUAGGACUGAGUGGAUUGAAAUUGAUUUGAAGUGCGCCGUCGAGUGUGUGUUUGUCGCUAGGAGUAGUGAACUACCGUCUCUGUCCAAGUGAUCAUGCGGUGGCCAACAGCCAACACUUUCUCCAGUCACGCUCUAUCGUUGCAAGCUCAGUGAUGGUCGCAUUGGCUAGCUGCUAUUUGCUGGCUUGAACUUUGAAGAAGCAUCAGUACCUCUCCUGCGCACUGGGCAGUGCGGCUGUGCGUGAGUUCAGCUUUCGCAGGUGUAAGCCAACGCGGUACCACACUGCAGUUCUGUCGGCUCUUGUGGAGCACCACAGCAGAAUAGUUUCCGUCGUGGACCGUUUGCAAAACUUGCACCAGAGAAGGCAUCGUUAUGCCUAGCACUGCACGAAUUUGAUGAGAAGGUGACCGAUUAUUGUACUGGUGGCGAGAUCUGCGUCGAGAAGAAGCACAAUCUUGAGGCGCAGUUACGAGAAAACAACUCCCUUCCUGCCUUCAUCUUCGUGGAAAUUGCGGUUCUUCCGGUCGAAGGAGUGGCACUGCGAUCAGUGGUGUUGUAGCGGCAGCAGGUUUUGCGGAGUGCAGCAGAUUGAUUACUGGACGGGGAUUCGCACUACACCGGAAUCCCGUCGGCUGUGACGCCGGCAGCUGUCCAGCAAGGGGUGACGGAGGAUGAACUCCCUGUGGAUCAUCGUAAUCAGCACGGCGGCGACGUGCGUGCAAUGCGCACCAGCUGAACCAUGCGCUUCGGAAACAGACUUCACUUGCACGGCCAGCCGUGCCUGUGUUCCGCGAUCAUGGCGAUGUGAUGGUGAACCCGACUGCACUGAUGCAUCAGACGAAGUUGGAUGCCAGGAUGUAUCGUGCGAGGACCACCAGUUCAUGUGCAGCAACGGCCAUUGCAUACCAGAGGCGUGGGAAUGUGACACCGAUGUCGACUGCACGGACGGCAGUGAUGAGGUCGGCUGUGCCGCGCCAACUUGCAACCCUCUACAUCAGUACACAUGCAAUGACGGCACAUGUAUACAUUCGUCAUGGCGAUGCGAUGGAGACAUCGACUGCUUAAGUGCGGAGGAUGAAGAUUGCGGGACAAAUGUGUCGUGUUCGGCUGGUGAGUCACGCUGUGCCGACGGUCGUGAGUGCAUAAACCAGCACUGGGUGUGCGACGGUGAGGCAGAUUGUCGCGAUGGCUCAGACGAGGCUGGAUGCCCGGCGACGCCCUGUCGUAGUUUUGAGUGGCAGUGCAACAACAGCAAGUGCAUCCCAAGCUCGUACGUGUGCGACUUGGACAACGACUGCGGCGACAACUCCGACGAACACUGUCCCUCUCCAGAGCCUGGUAAAUGCCGCAGCACUGAAUUCAGCUGCAGUAACGGCGGCUGUAUCCGCAAGACGUGGCAGUGCGACGGCGACAACGACUGCGGCGACCUGUCCGAUGAGAAGAACUGUCCUGACUUUGAGUGCAUCGCUCCCCAGGUCAAGUGCAGAACGGAGAACCGCUGCUAUUCGUCCCACAUGGCAUGUGACGGUGUCAACCAUUGUUUUGACGCAAGCGACGAGGAAAACUGCCCAUCAGCACAGCCACCGAAUAUCUGCGGACAUGACUACCACUGCGGCGAUGCCACCUGUGUGAACCACACGCAGAUAUGCGACGGCAAGCGGGACUGCCCGGACGGCAAAGACGAGGAGCUCUGCUCUUCGAAUCCUGUGGACGAGUGCCGUACGAACACGCACCAGUGUGCUCACGAAUGCAUCAACACACUGGGUUCAUACUACUGUCUCUGCCAGAAAGGAUUCGUGCUCACCGAGGACCACCGAGGAUGCGUCGAUGUGAACGAGUGUGAGAUCCUGGGUUCUUGCAGUCAGAUGUGCCAUAACACAAUAGGCAGUUACACAUGUAGCUGUGCUGAUGGCUAUCUGCAGUAUGCUAACAGAAGAUGUCGAGCAACGGGUCCACCAGGGUCGCUGAUUUUCUCCAACCGAGAAGACAUCCGACAACUGACUUUGGAUGGCAGCAAGUACACCACUAUUAUACCAUCACAGAAAAAUGCCAUCGCAGUGGAUUAUCACUACCAACGGGAUCUUCUGUUCUGGACUGAUAUCACCCUGGAUGUGGUCUUCUCUUCCUUCCUGAAUGGAACCAACACGCGUCGCAUUGUCGACCUUGGCCUGUCCAGUCCGGGCGGUCUCAGCGUGGACUGGAUGAACGACCUGCUGUACUGGACUGACUCCGGCAGUGGAAGAAUAGAGGCUGGAACACUGGAUGGUAGCAAGCGACAGGUCAUAGCCCACCAAGGGGUGGGCAAACCGCGUGCAAUCGUUGUCGACCCAUGUCGUGGCGUACUGUACUGGACCGACUGGGGAGAAGAGCCAAAGAUCGAGAAGGCAAGUCUCGACGGAACGCAUCGAACAGUACUGGCCAACACACGGCUAUUCUGGCCGAAUGGUUUGACACUAGACUUUGAAGCACAGCGUUUGUACUGGGUGGAUGGCAAGUUUCACGUCCUGGAAACGAUGAACACCGACGGCAGUGCACGGCAGGUGAUGCUGACGGCUGUGAGAGGUCUCCAACAUCCCUUUGCAAUCACCGUCUUUCAAGACUUCCUUUUCUGGUCCGACUGGCAAACAAAGACGAUCUACAUCGCCAACAAGUUUGAUGGCAGCCAGCGCCUACGCCUGCAAGACAAUCUUCUCUUCCCAAUGGAUCUGCAAGUACACCAUCCGCUAAGACAGCCACAGUGUUCUUCCAAGCGCUGCCCGCCUAAUCACGGCUGUCAGUAUAUGUGCUUACCAAGGGUAGCAGCGGCUGGAGAGCUACCAUACCGAUGUGUGUGUGGAACAGGAUUCAAGCUGGAGAGUAACAACCGAACGUGCAAUUAUCGCCCCAAGGAAUAUCUUCUGUUCAGCCGACAACGUGACAUUCGCAGAGCCAGUCUGGACUCUAACAGCUUCCUGGACACGGUCAUACCCUACAACAGUGUGCAGAGCAUAGUGGCGCUGGACUUCCACGAGAAAACACGGAAGAUCUUCUGGAGCGACGUGGUGGCCGACACGAUCAACCGCGGCGACGAACUCGGUCAAACACAGGAGGUGGUCAUCAACACUGCGUUAGGAAGCCCGGCAGGUAUUGCAGUCGACUGGGUAACUGACAAGAUCUACUGGACAGAUGGCGGCAACGACUUCAUCGAGGUCGCAAACCUGGACGGAACGCAGCGAUCUGUGGUCCUGUACACAGGACUUGACAGACCGCGUGACAUUGUUGUCGAUCCGUAUGAUAGAAAAAUGUACUGGACGGACUGGAGUACUACAGCACCUGGCAUUGAGGUGGCCUACAUGGAUGGAUCAUAUCGAAGGAAGCUAGUGUCCAAAAACAUCACCUGGCCCAAUGGCCUGGCACUGGACCUGUACGGCGGACCAGAUAAGCGACUCUACUGGGUGGACGGUGGACAGAAGACCAUCGAGUCCAUCCGCCUGGACGGCUCUGGCCGAAUGACAAUCCUGGAGAGCGAGCACACACUACCGCAUCCAUUCGGUAUUACUGUGUAUGGGGGUAAUAUUUACUGGACUGACUGGCAGACCGAAUCCCUCCAGCGCUCCGACCUGAAUGGCCACAAUCGUGAGACUCUGUUUGACAACUUGCCAAGCCUCAUGGAUGUCAAGGUUUUCCACACGCCACCAGCAUUGGACGUUCCAUCGCCCUGUAUGAUUGGCAAUGGCGGUUGCAGUGAUCUCUGCUUGCUGUCCGUGGACCCGUCACAACCAACCUGCCAGUGUCCGACGGGAAUCAAGCUCAGGGACGACGGGAAGACGUGUGAAGCUGACCUUGAGAACUAUCUGAUUGUGUCGCGGCGCACGACGAUAUCUCGCAUUUCGACGGACGUUCCGUAUCGCAAGGAGUCACCUCUGCCAAUCACCAGUCUGGAGAAUGCCAUUGCUCUGGACGUCGAUAGUGCUAGUGGGCUGCUGUUCUGGACGGAUGGCCACAGGGGACAGAUCUCUAGAUCCACCGUGACGGGAGAGAACGUUGUGGCAAUCCAGGACAUUGCAAUCGAGACGCCGGACGGUAUUGCCCUGGACACAGCAUCACAUUUAGUGUACUGGACGGACACCAACACUGAUCGUAUUGAGGUCUGCACGUACCAGGGCAUGCACAGGAGAGUGCUCAUCUGGGAGGAUCUGCAUAGUCCACGCGCCAUUAGCCUUGAUGUGGCCAGAGGGUUCAUGUACUGGACUGACUGGGGACGCGACGCUCGCAUCGAGCGAGCGUGGCUGGACGGCACUCACCGCGAGUCCCUGAUCACCACCGACAUCCAGUGGCCCAACGGACUCACGCUGGACCUGUCCAACAGGCACAUGUACUGGGUGGACGCCAUGCGUCAUACGCUGGAGAGAAGCGGCCUUGACGGUUCCGGCAGGAUCGCCCUGCGCGAUGAUCUCGCUCACCCGUACGGGCUGACCAUACUCGACCAGGUAGUAUACUGGACUGACUGGCAGGAGAGGGCCAUUCUGCAGUACGACAUUGCGAAAGGUAACAUUUCCAUCACUAUUCCGCACUUGGCCAACCAAAUGGAUGUCCAUGGAGUUAGCAGUCUCGGCAGAUCAGUGAGGACGCAGUGUAGCAGUAACAACGGCGGCUGUGAUCAGCUAUGCCUCAACACGCCGGAGGGCGCCAAGUGUGCCUGCUCCACGGGACUCGUAGCAUUGGAAGGAACGUGUCCAAGAGUGCCGGACGAGUUCCUACUGUUCUCGACCAGCCAAAGCAUCCGUCGCAUAUCGCUGGACACACCAGACAUGACUGACAUCAUUAUAAUACCCAGCCAGAAGAAUGCCAUUGCGGUGGACUUCCACGCGUCAUCAAAGCGGCUUUAUUGGUCAGAUGUUAAGGACGAUGUCAUCCUACGAUCAGAAUAUGAUGGCAGUAACCAAGAGCUGGUGGUGAAAGAUAUCGCCACACCGGAUGGUAUUGCGGUAGACUGGAUUGGUGAUCACAUCUACUGGACGGACACGGGUGGCAACAUGAUCGAAGUGGCUCGCUUGGACGGAACCGGGCGCAAGGUGAUCAUCAAUACCGACUUGGACGAGCCGCGCGACAUCACACUUUAUCCUUCCAGAGGGUUGAUGUUCUGGUCCGACUGGGGCAAUGAUCCGCGGAUCGAGCGAAGCAACAUGGCCGGAUUGAACCGAACUGUCAUCGUACGAGAUACGGAGAGCAUGGAGUUGGGGUGGCCCAACGGACUGACAAUUGACUUUCAACUUGACCGGCUGUUCUGGGCGGAUGCACGGUUAGAUACCAUCGAGAGUGUGACGCUGGAUGGGUAUGAUAGAAAGGCAAUCUUCCGUGACCUCCCGCACCCAUUCGGACUGACCAUAUUCAAGUCUAACCUCUACUGGACCGACUGGCAGAGAAGAGCGAUCUCAAAGGGCUCCGUGGACCCGGAGAAAAACUCAAUGACCCCCACCAUUGUCGAAUCAAACCUGCGCAGCCUGAUGGAUAUCCAGGUGGUCAGCGUGGACCGACAGCAAGGCACAAAUGGCUGUGGCCGGGGACACAUGUGUACGGCGGAGCAGCUGUGUCUGCCAAUCAACAGUGACGCAUACCGAUGCGUCUGCCCGGAUGACGUCAAUCCUCUGGCCUGCGGUGAGGUGGUUGAGGCCCCGAUCACCACCAGCAGCAGAAUGUCAGUACAGUUGACCUCACCGGGACCCGUUCAGAACUCCGGAGUAUCCGGCACAGUGGCACCAGCCACGGUGGGAGAAUUGAAGAAAGACGAGAAACACUUGCCAUUGUUCAUUGGAGUUGGUGCCAGCGGUUUCCUGCUCGUCCUGCUCGUGUUCAUUCUAGCAUUAGCCUGGUACACGCGGCAAACACGCAAAUCCGAUAGGGCAGUAGUGACGGCUCUCACCACCGCGCAGAGCUACAGAAACCCUGCGUUUGGUUCUGUCUCCAGUGUGGAAAAAUCACCAACGACACCAGUCUCUAUCACAAUGGACAGGCAGCUCAUCCCAGAACAUAUGUCAGGCUACGAGACAACUCUUUGAAGAGGGUAGCCACACGAAUCAGGCGCCGGCGCCAGUCUCUCAUUCUGUUCAACGUGCUUCUCCCACCACCAUCAUUACGUCAGCCACACGCGCGCGCACACACACACACACACACACGCACACACAUGCGCGCAUGGUGGUACGCAUACACGACAGCACGACCAGCACUGAUAUCCUUCUCUGCAUGGAAUACGGUAUUUCUCGAGUUGAUAUCUAAUUUGUGACUAGUUAUAUUUUAGACGUCGAGCUAGUGUAAUGUCGUCAAUAGCAAAUUUUGAAUGAUGUGUACGGAGGGCACGUGUACCCACACACACCCAUAAUGCUUUGCACAUGCCAUUCUUAGAUAUUAAGCAAUCGGAUAAUGAAAUUUCCCUGAUUUUUGCAACUCGAAACGUGCACGCUUCUCAACUUGACAUUUAUUUUCCUUCGAAUCUUGUAUCUCCUCUGCCGAUUCUCUAAGCAGACAGAAGUGAAUGUAUGCAGCUAGAAGAGAAAA